AUGUCGCAGCCAUGGGAUUACAUCGCAAAGCUUGUUUGUAUUGGUGAUUCCGGCACCGGUAAAUCCAGCCUCACCAUCCGGCUUUGUGAAGGCCGCUUCUCCGCAUCCCACGAUGUAACAAUCGGCGUCGAAUUCGGCUCGCGCAUCGUCCCCGUCGGACCCCCCGCAUCAGAUGCGCUGGGCCUAGAUUUUGAGUUCUCUCAACCUUCCCCAACAUCCCCAUCAUCAUCAUCAUUGGCCCACAUCCCCGUGCUCCCCCCUUUUUCAACGAUCUCCUCGAAUCCCCAUGGUUCCACGACGUUAAUGAACGGAAAUGACCCCACCAAACGAAAACAUACCCGGACCCAUAUCCAAACUCAACAACCCGCUGCCGCCGGCCUCCCCGCCCCACCACGCAAGCCACGAACACCCGUCGUGCAAAAGCGCAUGAAGCUCUCCCUCUGGGAUACAGCGGGCCAAGAAACAUACAAAUCCAUCACACGUUCCUAUUUCCGCGGCGCCUCCGGUGCCCUCCUCGUCUUCGACAUCACACGCCCUGCCACCUUCGCCUCGCUGACCCAGUGGCUGCAAGAUCUGCGCCAGAUCGCAGAGGAAGGCAUAGUGGUUGUGUUAGUCGGGAACAAGAGUGACCUGGCUGCUUCAGAAGCAGUGGACGGAAAUAACUGCUCCAGUGACCAACAACAUCAACAACAACCCUACAAAACGAUAGUUACACGGGAGGAAGCGGAGGCCUGGUGUCGGACGAAUAAUGUAUCCCGCUAUGUGGAGACGAGCGCCAAGUCAGGGGAAGGUGUGGAGAGAGCCUUUCUGGAAGUUGCAGAGCGGAUAUACCGUAACAUCGAGGCCGGGAGGUAUGAUCUGAACGAUCGGCGGAGUGGCGUCAAGGGUUUUGGAGCCACUGGUGGUGCUGGUGGUGGUCCUAGGCGCGUGCAGAGGACUGUCACGCUUGGCGUUAACGAUGCCAUGGAAAGGAGGGGGAAUGGCUGUUGUUAA